GGAAUAAAUCUGGGGCCGACACAAUCGUGAACAGCGCGCAAUCAACCCACCUACCGUUCGCUCAGCGCAUUGCUAGAGAUCCUAGUCAUGGCGAAGAAGUGCGUACACAAAGGCUGCGGCAAGACCUACGAGAACGAGGACGAGGCAUGCGUGUACCAUCCCGGCCCGCCAGUCUUCCAUGAGGGGCAGAAAGGGUGGAAAUGCUGCAAGCCGCGCGUACUCACCUUUGACGAAUUCCUCGCAAUCGAGCCUUGCACAACAGGCAAACACUCGGAUGUGGACGACACGCCUGCACCAGAGCCUGCCAAAGCUCCCGACGUCGCCAAUGGCACAGAAGUCAAUCUUGGAUCGCUCCAGGAAUCUCUGCCUGCCCCAACACCCCGCCUACCUACAGCACAAGCAGCCACGCCUCGGCCAACAGCUUCACCUGCCCCUCCUCCAGAAUCAGAGGACGAUGAUCCGAGCGUAGCGCUCAAGGAAGGAAUGACAUGCCGGAGAAAGGGCUGCGGACAGACUCACAAGGGUGGCGACAGAGAAGGCGAGCAAUGCGUACAUCAUCCUGGCGCGCCCAUCUUCCACGAAGGUAGCAAAGGCUGGAGCUGCUGCAAGCGAAGGGUGCUAGAGUUCGACCAGUUCAUGAAUAUCGAAGGGUGCAAGACCAAGAACAGGCAUCUGUUUGUAGGAAGUGGCAAGCAGAAAGCCGGUGGAGAAGAGAAGCUGGAGACUGUUCGACAUGACUACUACCAGACUGCAACAUCAGUCGUUGCCUCUCUCUACCUCAAGAAAAUAGAUAAGUCCACCGCGGUCGUCGACUUCCAAUCAACACACGUCAACCUGGACCUGCGGACUACAGACAGCAAGCGCUACCAGACCGAGUUUCCGCUCUUCGCGAGUAUCAAACCGGAGGAGAGCAAAUUUAGGAUCUUGGGCACGAAACUAGAGAUUACACUAGCAAAAGCUGACGGUGCAAGUUGGCCAGUACUGAGGAGUGAUGAGAAGCCAACUGGUGAGAUUCUCCAAGUUGGUAAAGCAGGAAGGGCGUAGUCAUUAGACAACGCGUACUUGAUGAGAGAUGAACAGUGCAUAGACAUGACGAAUCCAUCAAUGAAGUCACGACAUUGGGUUUAUCUGUCCCUUUAC